AUGCCGCUUACCGUCCUCUCCCGGUCGCAGCUGCGCACUCUGCUGCUCUCCCUCACCCGGGAUGAGAUCUUCGAUCUCCAGAAAAACCUCGCUGAGGCGCUGCGAGAGUAUUCGACCGGAUCGCAAGAGCAAGGCUGCUCGGCAGCCUACCAGCCACAGCGAACGGCCAUCACCCGCCAGAAUGGGUGUACCACCCUCUUCAUGCCCGCCAGCACGGGCCAAACACUUGGCAUCAAGAUGAUUUCGUUGCAGGACGGGGGCAGUGCGGGGUGCGCGGUAGAGCGUCGAGGGCUUGAUAGCCACGAUGGGGAAACUUCCGCAUCACAAUCACGAGCCUCUCUGAGAAACUCGGUGAGCUCGCUAUCGUCGGACGUGAGUGAUCUGUCCGUGGGCUCUUCACAGGAGGACAGCAACUCGGUUAGCCCGACGGUCACCACCAGCGGGAGUAGCGGGACUGCGGAGAGUAAGAACGAUAGCUCGUCUUUGCUGAACGGAUGUGUGAACCAACAACCGGUGGCUUCGAACAUUUCAGGAACUCUCGGUGCUUGGCCCGGGGCAGGAACUCGCGACACUUCGCCGCGAGGGAGUGUAACUUUACUCGAUGGCGAGAGCUUGCCAUUCGCGCUGAUCAACGCACACGAGCUGACCGCAUUUCGCACGGCCCUGGCCUCCCUGAUGAUCUUCAAUAAACGCAAGAAGGUGCGCACCCUGCUGGUGUUUGGAGCGGGAACUCAGGCCUACUGGCAUAUCCGCCUGGCUCUGAUCUUGCGGGGCGAAGACAUCCGGCGCGUCUACAUUGUCAACCGGUCUUUCCACCGUGCUGCGCAGCUCUUGCGUGAUAUCUACAUGCCGGAGAAUGCCGAAUGGCGCCGUGAUAUCAAAUUUUCCGCGAUGAGCACCGACUUUGGCGAGUACGAGCGCAUUCUCAAGGAGCAUGUGCACAAAGCCGACGCCAUCUUCUGUUGUACUCCGUCUAUUGAACCAUUAUUCCCCGCUGAAUAUCUCACUUCUCGCGAGGGACGACAAAAGGGCCGUCUGAUUAGUGCUGUCGGCUCGUACAAGUCGCACAUGGCCGAGAUUCACCCUGACAUUCUUCGCGACGAGGUCACCGUGCACGCACACCACCACCGCCACUUCCACAAACACAUCAAGCGCAGUGGGGUUGUUGUGGUCGACAGUCUUGACGCGGCUAUCAAGGAAGCCGGCGAAAUCAUCCAGGCUGGGAUCAAGCCAAACCAGGUGGUCGAGUUGGGCGAGCUGCUGAUGGUGCGACAAGCAGCUCGCAAGGCCGGAGCAACCGAAGAAGAGACGGCCGACGAAGAGAAGAGCCUCCGCGAGUGGGUCGAGCGUGGGAAUGUCAUCUUCAAGAGCGUCGGAUUGGGUCUGAUGGAUCUGGUGACGGGCGGCGACCUGGUCCGCUUGGCGCGAGACCGGAAAUUGGGGACGACCGUGGAAGAUUUCUAA